AUGUUACUGCAGGACACGUCAUCUUCUACAGUGGGUCUCGGUGGUAAAGUGCUUCUGUUUCCAACCGAAACUAACAACAGCUUUGUUAAACUCACUCCUGAAAAGCCACUGAGUCUUUCAGCAUUUACUCUGUGCAUGCGUGUCACAACUGAGCUCCAGGGCCAGAGGGAGAUCAUUCUGUUCGCCUACCGCAUACAGAACUAUGACGAGCUCAACGUGUGGAGAGAGAAAGACGGCCGCUUGUCCUUCUACCUCAGUGGGAGUGGGAGUGGGAAUGGAGCGCUUUUCUACCUGCCUCCUCUCUCCACCUUCCGGACCCACGUGUGCGUCACCUGGGAAUCUGCGACUGGUCUUUCUGCCUUCUGGGUGGAUGGACAUCGCAGCUCAUACCAGCUGUUUAAAAAAGGUCACUCAGUUCAACCUGGUGGCACCGUCCUGCUUGGUCAAGACCCUGAUAACUACCUGGGUGGCUUUGAUAAGAAUCAGAGCUUUGUAGGAGAAAUUACAGAUGUGCACAUGUGGGAUCAAGUUCUCUCUGGCAGUCAGAUAAGAGCAGUUUAUUCAAACCAGGAACCAUCUGUGCCAAAGGGAAAUGUAUUUGACUGGAACACCAUCAAUUAUGAGAUUAAUGGAAAUGUACUAGUGGUGAAAGAUAACUGAUUCUGAUCAGGUGUAAUGUCAUACAUUUGUGUCAACCUCUGUAACCUCUUCAUCUGUUUUAAUGAUUUA